GCCGCCGCCACCCGGCGCCCGAGGAGAGGGCGGCGGGCGACCCCCGGGGAAGAUGAAGGCGGAGGGGGGCGACCACUCCAUGAUCAACCUGUCGGUGCAGCAGGUCCUGAGCCUCUGGGCCCACGGGACGGUGCUGAGGAACCUCACGGAGAUGUGGUACUGGAUCUUUCUCUGGGCUCUCUUCUCCUCUCUGUUUGUCCACGGUGCCGCGGGAGUGUUGAUGUUUGUGAUGCUGCAGAGACAUAGGCAGGGGAGAGUCAUCUCGGUCAUUGCCGUCAGCCUAGGGUUUCUGGCGUCUGUAACUGGAGCAAUGAUCACUAGUGCAGCCGUGGCCGGCAUUUACAGAGUAGCAGGGAAAAACAUGGCCCCCCUGGAAGCGCUGGUGUGGGGCGUGGGACAGACUGUAUUGACAUUAAUCAUCUCCUUCUCAAGGAUCCUCGCCACACUUUGAGGUUUCUGUGGGAACGUCUCACUUCACCUAAGGAAACAGAUGUACAGAUUCUCCGAAAAUGGCGUUGUGAGGGAGUGGGAGUGAAAUUGCCCAAGAACGUGGAAGGAGCCGGUCACAACCGAAGGAAGGCCUUGAGCUGUGUGCAAAGAUCGCCCUCUGGUGUCCAAGUGAUUGCACUACCGCACUGCACCUUACGUGCCUCCGUCCCGGGCCAGGCGCAUACACUACCGGAAGCUACAAGAGGAAGCACCUUGUUUAGGUGCCAAUCAGGUUCACAUUGGUGUUGAAUCAUCAUUCUUAACAGUGUUGUGUUAAGUUACAGGGACGUUUUGAGGAAUUGAUAUAUGUGCCAAACUCCUCUUCUUCUCCUUCUUCCUCUUAUUUUUUUUUUUUUUAACAUUGAUCAUGUGACAAUUUGCAAGUGUAGAUGUAGACGAGUGCUGUGAACCACAUCCGACAUGAAUUCAGGUAACUAGUGAGAUUUUUGUCUUGUAACGCUAAAUCCCGUAUGAGUGCUGAAUACCGGAUCAUUUAAUAUGAUAGGGAAAUUACUUGAUUUUUUUUAACGUUGAACGUUUCUGGGAUUUAGGGCUUUAAUAUGUUUAGGCAUUAUUGUUAUUUACAUUAAUUUAUGUGGAAAAUAAUACUUAAUGGAAAACUAGCUAAACUCUUUUAAGGACUCAAAGUAGACCUGUAGGGUGCAUCCUUCCCACUCACUUAAAUAACACUCUUUUAAUAGCUUCCCUCCUACCUAAGUGUUCUGUUGAUACGACUUCAGAAACUUUUUGGGUCACCCACGUUGAUUGUAGUUUGUGUGUCGUGCAAAUAUAAUUUGAAAAUUUUCUUAUAACCUUUGUAAGAAAAGAAGUCCGAAAUGCAUGUUGCAUUCUUUGACCCUUCUAAAGAACGUUUUUGCCACAUGCAUCCUGGAGAAAACACCUUUAUACCUAGCAUCUCGGUGGGAUUGUAUUACUUGUUGCACAUGUCUUGAUUUUUGACAGAACACACACAAUCUUUAACCUUUUGUUCUGGAGUAUUAACUAUAUUUAAAGAGUGGCCUAAAUUAGGCUGUGAAAACAAAAAGCCUCAUUUGUACAUAAGUAACAAGUAAGUUAUACACGAAGAGUAAUAAACUGUCUUUCUUUGGGCAUGUGGUAACAUGAUUUUGCUAAGUAAAAAUUGGGGAAUAGAGUAAAUAAUUUUAAAAUUUGGCAGUUAAUCUCAGCAUAUCAGUACAGUCCUGAGCAUGUAGUAGAGUGAUUCUGUUGUUCAGUUCUUGAUCUAUGCUGUUAUUUAAAUUUAGUAGAAUGGGAAAGUCCUGAGUAUAAAACACUUUAAGAGAUUUUGGCAAAGUGUACCUGUUUUUAAGAGUUAGAGGAGUAAAAGAAACACAGAACCUGGUUGACUUUGCCUCCUACUGAGAUUUUUUAAAAUACCAGGUAUUGUUAUAAAUGUACUAACUCAAAAAGCCACUGCAGAAAACACGAAGUUAAGGGCAAUCCAAAAAAUAAUCUGCAUACUCUAGCCUCAUGGUUUUAUAACCUGACUUGGUAAAAAGUAGAUUUCUUUUAGGUCCCAUUCAAAUAUAAGACCUUCAUUGCCCACACCUCUUUUGUCCACCCAAAAGCAAAAUACAUAUGGAUGACUUAACAAUAAGGAGUUGGGGUAGGGGAUGCUCGUACCAGUAUGGAAGCCAAUUUGGGGGGUUUGCUAAUGCUGUGGCUUAGAAAUCUGUUUUUUUAAAAAACCAAUAAGCAACUAUGCAUCCCUAGAGAUCGUUGAAGUAAAUCUUCAAAUCAAUUCUUUUUAUUAUGUACAAGCCUAAAAUUAUGUUCAUGUGUUCUGCAUAUUCCUCAUGUUUUCCCAAAUUAAAUGUAGGCAUACAUUUUCCAAGUC